CGGUAGAGGUGGUGCCGCCGCCGCCAUGUCGAGCCGAGGGAAACGGGAGCGGCGAGGCCCGAGCUCCGGUUCCGGCUCCGGUUCCGGUUCUGGCUCCGGUUCUGGCUCCGGUUCCGGUUCCUCCCGCAGCCGCCGGGACCCGGAGCGAGGCCACAGCCGGAGGGAGGCGGAGCGGGAGCGGGAGCGCGGCCGGAGGGAGGCGGCGGAGCCGGAACCGGAGCCCCCCGCGGACCCCGUCCGGUCCCAGCGGGAACCGGGGCCCGGGGGCAAACGGGAGCGGGAGCCCGAGGGGGACUCGGAGCCGGAGCAGGAGCCCCCGGCUCGCUGCGGCCGCUUCGAGCCCGAGGAUCAUCGCAGCCGACACUGCCCGUACCUGGACACCAUCAACAAGAGUGUCCUGGACUUCGACUUCGAGAAGCUCUGCUCCAUCUCCCUGUCCCACAUCAACGUCUAUGCCUGCCUGGUGUGCGGGAAGUACUUCCAGGGCCGGGGGCUGCGCUCCCACGCCUACAUCCACAGUGUCCAGCUCAGCCACCACGUGUUCCUGAACCUGCACACGCUCAAGUUCUAUUGUCUGCCUGACAACUACGAGAUCCUGGACUCGUCGCUGGAGGACAUCACGUACGUGCUCAAGCCGACCUUCACCGCGCAGCACAUCUCCCACCUGGACAAGCAGGCCAAGCUGUCCCGCGCCUACGACGGCACCACCUACCUGCCUGGCAUCGUGGGGCUCAACAACAUCAAGGCCAAUGACUAUGCCAACGCUGUCCUGCAGGCACUAUCCAACGUGCCGCCGCUGCGGAACUACUUCCUGGAGGAGGAGAACUACCGGAGCAUCCAGCGCCCGCCCGGGGACAUCAUGUUCCUGCUGGUGCAGCGCUUCGGGGAGCUCAUGCGCAAGCUCUGGAACCCACGCAACUUCAAGGCCCAUGUGUCACCCCAUGAGAUGCUGCAGGCAGUGGUGCUGUGCAGCAAGAAGAGCUUCCAGAUCACCAAGCAGGGGGACGCUGUGGAUUUCCUCUCCUGGUUCCUGAACGCUCUGCACUCGGCUCUGGGAGGCACCAAGAGGAAGAAGAAAACCAUCGUCACCGACGUCUUCCAGGGCUCCAUGCGCAUCUUCACCAAGAAACUGCCUCACCCGGACCUGCCAGCCGAGGAGAAGGCCGCUCUGCUGCACAAGGCCGAGUACCAGGAGCUGAUGGUGGAGUCCCCAUUCCUGUACCUGACGCUGGACCUGCCGUCGGCUCCGCUCUACAAGGACGAGCGGGAGCAGCUCAUCAUCCCCCAGGUGCCUCUGUUCAGCAUCCUGGCCAAGUUCAACGGGGCCACGGAGAAGGAGUACAAGACCUACAAGGAGAACUUCCUGAAGCGCUUCCAGCUGACGCGGCUGCCUCCGUUCCUCAUCUUCUGCAUCAAGCGAUUCACCAAGAACAACUUCUUCGUGGAGAAGAACCCCACGAUUGUCAACUUCCCCAUCACGAACGUUGACCUGCGCGAGUACCUGUCGGAGGAGGUUCAGGCCUCACACCCCAACACAACCUAUGACCUGGUGGCCAACAUUGUGCACGAUGGGAAACCCACCGAGGGCUCCUACCGCAUCCACGUCCUGCACCACGGCACUGGGAAGUGGUAUGAGCUGCAGGACCUACAGGUCACUGACAUCCUGCCCCAGAUGAUCACACUCUCGGAGGCCUAUAUCCAGAUCUGGAAGCGGCGCGAGGACGAUGAGACCAAGCAACAGGGAGCCUGAGACCCCCAUGGGCACCCAGACCCCCCCUCCUUGGGGACCCCUCCCAUUAAA